UUUGCCUUUCCGCGUCUCCCAACACAGAGGCCCUGAACCGGCGCUGGAUUAUGAUGGCGGCGCAUCUCAUUUUUGCCAUCUGCUUCCUGACAGCAUGCCCUCUGAAGGCACUCUGGAGGACGAUGGCCGAGUGGCGCUGCAGCAUCAACGCCCGAAAGCGGCGGCGCUGUGUGUGACCUCUGCUCUGGGCCUGAAUGAGCACAGUGCUUCUCUUGAUCUUUCCGUAGUGAUGGAGACACCUCUGCAUUUGGGAUCAAGUGUUUAUAAGGUUCAAGGAUACGAAGAUAAAAUGCGCUUAAUUACACAAAGCUGGGUCCUGUUUUUGUGGAUGUAUCACCUGGCGCUUGUGAAAAGUCAAGUCUGUAGACGUGAACAGUUUUUGAGUAGCGAAUGGUUUGAUUCCAAUUUUGACAUAACUGGUCUGCAGACCACCGACCCUAAUAAAAAACAUGUGAGAGUGGCCUGCAAGGUUGGCUACAGUGGCUUUUUCAAACUGAUAUGCGAGCAAGGACAAUGGGAUACAAGAGGCAAACGAUGUGAACACACCACUUGUGAAGUUUCCAUGAUGCAGCCUAAUCUCAGUGUUACUGGACUACCGCCAGGACAUAAGUUGCAGUUUCACUGCGACGAUGGAUUUACAAUCGACGGGUCUACAGAAAUUGAAUGUUUACAUACUGGAGAGUGGAAUGCAGCCUUUCCAACGUGUGCUGGAAAAUGCGAAGUUGCAGAUGUUGCAAAUAGCGUGUACCUCGACAAAUAUGUACGGGGCGAUCAACUCAACAAAGGACAACGGUUGAGUUUUAAUUGCCGCCAUAAUGGAGACACUCUUCAAGGGAAGGCAGUCGUUGAGUGUUCAGCAGGCGGGCAGUGGAGUGAUCCCUUCCCAACAUGUGGAAGUCCUGCGGGUUGUGGUCGGCCACCACAAGUUGCAAAUGGUGACAUAACACAAAGUGUUAAAUUCAAUUACCGCCAUGGAGAUUGGGUUGAAUAUGGCUGUCAGAACUACUACGUCAUGAAUGGUUCUCAAUACAAGACGUGUCUCAACGGGGAAUGGAAUCAACCGACGAUGAGGUGUCUGAAUCCCUGCACUGUGGACAGAAGAGCCAUGAGAUCACAUAACAUACACUUUAGAUAUAAUUAUGAAGAUAAGAUUUAUUCAAGCCAUGAUGAUCAUAUCACUUUCGUGUGUGACAGUGGAAAAAUAUCAGACGGCACCUUUGCAAUGCGUCAGAUGUGAUGAUGGUGUGAUGAACCUGCCCACAUGCCAGUAACGGUUGUUAAUUAACUGAAUGAAACAACUCUUUACUUUUCCCAAAGUAAAGAGUUAGACCAGCAAUGUCCUGAUCCAGCGUCUAUACUUCAGUGUGGUCGUUUUAAUGAAACAUAUAUUUCCACUUUUUUUCUGCCUCUCUUUGUAUGAUGAGGGUGUGUCCCAUCUGUUUGAGCUUAAAACCCUUCCUCCCGGGUAGAAAGUUGGCAUCCGUCUUCUUUUUCUUCUCCUGUUAUAUGUAAUAUUAUACCUGGUAUGAAGAUCUUUACUAUUUUUUAUUUUUUUGCAUUGCUGUAUUGAUACAGUUUCAUCAGCAAAUGAUCAGAGUACCUCUCCCAACACUGGUCUGUAUGUGUGUACUAUACUUUAGAGUCAUUCCUGCCAUCAACAAUAAUUAGAUUAUUAUCUCCUAUACGGGGAAAUUUCACAAGGAAAAUAUUGCAUUUAAAUUCAGCCCAUAUUAAUGGACUUGACUUCAGGAAAGAUCCAGUGGUAAAAGGAUUGUGUGGGUGUUUUGAUGGUGCAAUGAUCUUGCCCUCUUGCCAGUAAAAGCUUUAGUUAACUAGAAGUCACAUGGGCUGGCUGGACAAAUGAGGAAAUGAUUAACCAGAGGACACAGGGAGACAAAUACUGCAACAGUUUUGCAUCGGUCAUCUGUCCCCAAUUCAUUGCCAACAUCUGAAGAUUUUUUAAUAAAACUAAUGGAGAACUUU